ACGCGCAGCGCCACGUGAUUGUUAGGUCGGAGCUGGCAACUUCCGCUCCAGACUUAUCUUGAUCGAUUGUUUCCAACAUCUCUCCCACUCACUAUCUUAUUCGACAUGUCAUCCGGAGUUGUAGCAGCCCCCGAAUGCCUCCAGGCAUUCCAAGAACUGAAGAUGAGCAAAUCGCUCAAGUACAUAUUGUUCAAGUUGAACGAUGACCGGACGCAGAUCGUCGUGGACAAGAAAUCGAGCAGUUCUGACUAUGAGGAAUUUCUAACCCACUUGCCCGGCAAUGGCUGCAGAUGGGCUGUCUAUGACUUCAACUUUAAGUUGGAAGAUGGGUCGCAGAGGAACAAACUCUGCUUCUUCUCCUGGUCACCAGACGAAGCACCGAUUCGGGCAAAGAUGGUCCACGCAUCCUCAAAGGACGCACUGCGGAAGUCUCUGGACGGGAUUGGCAUCGAGGUUCAGGGAACAGAUGCGACGGAGGUUGCACAUGAAACUGUCCUCGACAAAGUGAAGCGCUUUGGCCGAUAGAAUCCUUUGUACUACUCUGGUUUGAUCUGUGAUAUUAGUUCGGAAGAUGUGUUACUAUAAACCUUUUUUGAUGUAGUAGCCGCGGAGAUUAGUUGUAUAAGGCUGCAAAGGAUUCACAUUAUCAUACAAGCAGAUGUAGCAAGGACUUUUCCAGAGUAUGAAGCGUUCGAGUUCCCCGUCGAUCGACGUGAAAAACGUCGAAAGGGAAAACACGGCCCUGGAUAGAAUUCGACACCAUGAAAUGUCUGACACGAUGCUUCGUGUUUCAUGUAAGUUACAUAAAGGUUGUAGGGGCGAUUCAUAUUAUGUAAUGUGCUUCCUACCCGCGGAAAACUGCGUAAGUGUUAUUUGGCAAGAGCUUUCACAAAUAACAGCACC